UGCUUGCGGCAACUUGUUGCCAUAAACACUUUGUGCAACAUGGCGGACUGUUACACUGUGCUCAAGUGUGUGUCAACUUUAAGCUUCUUGUGGAUGAAGGUGUUGGGAACACACCAAGCAGAAGAAGUGGAACUGUUCUAUUCCGAGAGGCACAGCCGUCUCAGCUGGACGUCUGAGCCCCACAAAGCAUGGACUGAGAUCCUGCUCAGAAAUGGUGCAAUGCGUCCAGUUCCGGUUCUCCAAGCAUGCGGGAAGCAAAGAACAAGAACUCUUCUAAGUCAAUGGAUAGAGCGUAAAGAUGCGCGUCAUCUCCUAAUGGACAUCACCUUUGCGCAGCAAAAGGAGCCAUCCGGUGAGAAUGGCAGUCUGCAAGUUCACUUGUUUGACUCAGAUGUACCCGCCACGAGAUUCCCAGACAGUCUAACCGCAGUGAAACUUCAGGACUCCAGGCCGUUUCACUCCAAUGCCUCACUCAGCCAAAUCAAUCAGCACCUGAUGCACAGCUUGGGGCUGAGCCUGGGUGUUGUAAGCCGUGUUGGUUUCCAGCUGGGGUUUUCCUACUCAGCAACAUGUGUGCUGGUCACCUCAAUCAGACUUUACUACAAGAGGUGCCCUGCGGUCCACAUAGACCUUGUCUGGUUUGACAGCUCUGUGACUGCAACAGAACCUGCUGUAGGUAUUUGUGUGGAAAAUGCUGAGACGCUUUCUCUGCCCGAGAAGAAGUGUGACGCAUUUGGAGUGUGGGGUCCUUUGCAAGGCGGAUGUACAUGCAAAGCUGGACAUCAGGCCAUGAAUGGAACCUGUCAAGCAUGCAGGAGGGGCUACUAUAAAGCAGCCAAGGAGCAUGGAGAGUGCAGAGCGUGCCCACCAAACAGCGGGACGCUCAAGGAGGGAUCGGAUAGGUGUGACUGUUUGCAGGGCUUCCACCGUCUUCUACAUGACCCAGAUGACCUCGGCUGCACCAAGCCCCCCUCUGCGCCUGGCAAUCUAAUGGCACAUCGUCUAAACAACUCUGUCCUAAACCUAACGUGGGAUCCUCCUCAUGAUUGGGGCGGUCGACAGGAAGUGAUGUAUCGAGUUAAAUGCGAGGAGAAAGCGCAGAGUGAAGAUGGCCAGUGGGCGGAAUGUGGGCGUGGAGUGUUUUUUUCCGCUGACUCAGCUGGGCUGACCAGCACUUCCGUGAGAGUCAUGGGACUCGACCCACACAAUGACUACAGGCUGACUGUGCACGGAUGGAAUGACGUCUCCAACCUGAUGGGGGCGCCACCUUCAUCUUCUGCCUCUGUAAUUAUUCAUAAAUGGAAAGUUCCUCCAGUGGUGAUGACGACGGCGCCGAUCCUAAAAGCCCCUGGAAAUGAUGUGACUGCUGCGCCACAAAGUCACUUCAACACAUGGCUGACUCUUGGUGUUUGUUUUGGCAGCCUGUUCUGCUCUUCGAUAGUUGCUGUUGUCCUUGUUAAGUGUAGGAAUGACCAGAAAGUCAGGUCAGAGGUCCUGGAAAUGCAACUUUCGCCUAUCAACACUGGAACUUCCUACAGACUCCCACAAGAGCGACAGGCAAUGCCCCCACAGGUUCAUGGAGGAGUUGAUUUUCUUAAUGAAAAUACCCAAGAUAGAGGGACCUCAGAGGAAGAGAGCGUGGCCCGGCUGUUGGAAGGUCUGAGUGACAGCCUGAUAGCCAACCUGAGGGACGUUCUUGUGGAGAGAAACAAACUCACAGUGGGAAAAUGGCUGGGAAAAGGAGAGUAUGGCGCCGUCUUCGAGGGGCUCUUCUCUGCAGGGGACAACAUGCACGUCAGGGUUGCGGUGAAGACAAUGAGAGUGGGCAUGUACAGCCAGGAAGACUUGGGUGAGUUCCUCAGAGAGGCAGAGAGCAUGAAGAACUUUGAUCACGACAACGUGGUUAGGCUUCUUGGAGUAACUUUGCAGAGAGAGCAGGACUCCCCAGUGGCCAUUCCCAUGGUCAUCCUGCCCUACAUGAAACAUGGCGACUUGCGGCGUUUCCUCAUCGCGAUGCGCUAUGGUGAUAUUCCAAUGUUUUUUCCCCCUCAAAGCCUGCUGCGCUUCAUGGUUGACAUCUCAGCUGGGAUGGACUACCUGAACUCGCAGGGUUUUCUGCACCGAGACUUGGCAGCACGCAACUGCAUGCUGGGUGACGAUUUUGUUGUGCGCGUGGCAGAUUUUGGCCUGUCUCGGAAAAUCCACAACAGCAAUUAUUACCGUCAACAAAAAUCUGUCCGUGUGCCGGUCAAGUGGUUGGCCAUAGAGAGCCUGUCUGACAUGGUCUACACCACUAAGACUGACGUGUGGUCAUUUGGGGUGACAAUGUGGGAGAUUGCGUCUCUGGGCAGAACCCCAUACCCUGGAGUCCAAAACCAUGAGCUUCUGAACCUGCUUCUGUCUGGACAUAGGCUCAGACAGCCUGAUGACUGUGACCACAAACUCUAUGAAAUCAUGCAGAGCUGCUGGGACGAGGAGCAGACACGCAGGCCUGGCUUCAAGGAACUGGGGGAGAAACUGGAGGCUCUUUUAAGGGAGCUCCCCAUCCUGGAUGCCUGCCAGGGGGCUUUCUACAUCAACCAGGGCUUGGAGGCUGCAGCUGCUGUCUCAGAGAACCAGCAAACUCACUGUCAGGCCCGAGGGGAGAACUUGUACCAGUCCAGUCCUGUGGAUGAAGUCUAGUGGGACCUAGAGGCACACUAUCUGAAGUGUAUUUCCUGCUCAUAAAGUAUUCACAGCACUUAACUUUUCCACAUUUUGUUAUGUUACAGCCUUAUUCUAGUAUGGAAUACAUUCAGUUUCCCAAAACAUUUCUACAUACAAACCCCAUAAUGUCAACAUGAGUGAAAAAGACUUUGCAUUUCAAAAACAUUGUAUUGAAAACUUCAGAUAUCAGUUUUACAAAAGUCCUCACAAUCUUUGCUGUGUAGCCACAGGUGUAUCCAGUUUCCCCUGAUCUUCCUUCAGGUAUGUCUACAGCUUCAUUGGGCUCCACCUGUUGUUGUAAAUUCUGUUGAUUGGACAUGGAAGAAGUUCAGAACCACCAGGCUUCUUCCUUGAGGACAACAGAUCUGAAACAUAUACACUGACACUUCCCGUCCAACCUGAUGGACCUUUAGAGGCACCGCAAAGAGGAAUGGGUGAAACUGCUCAAAAAUAUAAGUACUAGGCUUGUAGCAUUGUAUUUCAUGGCUUUAUGUCACGUCACUCCUGGGGGCUGUUGCCUCAGACUCAAACAUUUGGUGUACAACAAAUCUAGCAGGAAGGGCGGUGCAAACGCCACAUACUGUACAUGUGUUGUUAUAGCGUUCCAAAGAGAGUCCAUCCUAAAUGGCUUACUGUUGUUGCUCAAACAACAAAACAAAAAGGUUGCUGCUGUGUUGAUCCUUUCGCCUUUGUCAAGUGGUGCCAAGUUGAAUACAUGAUCCAGUUUGUAGUGACCACUUUUGUCAAUGUCUGUAUUAACUUCAAAUAAACUGCAGAAGCAUGUUUAUUCAU